AUGUCGUCAAAAGACAGUCUUGUCUACUACAAAAACGCCACAGACACACAAGUCGAGAGCCGAUAUGUUAGAUUCAAGAAGCUUAUGAUAGAAAAUCCUCUGAUACCUGUUGGCAUAAUUUUCACCGGUGUUGUACUUGGCAUCGGAGCAAGUAAAAUGCGUUCGUCAGACACCACUACAAUGCAAAGAAUGAUGCGUUGGAGAAUAUACGGUCAAGGUGCAUCUUUAGGUCUUCUCGCUUAUGUAUCUUUUAAAGUUCAUGAAAACUACAAACAGAGCUUGAAAGACGACUCUGCUGAUGAAUAA